AUGUUUAGACUCAGUCGCCAUAGAUUUGCCCUCUUACUGAGAUCAAUCACUAAAAGAGGUCCCAACGCUCGCAGGCUGUUACUGACAAAUGUGCUUCACUCUAAGCCGUCGUCGAGCUUAGGAUAUGCCAUAAUUGGCUCAGCUGCGGCAGCUGCUCUCGUUUGGAAAUCUCUUAGUCCACUCGAGCUGGAAUCGGCCCCUAAAGGAGUCACCGCUGAAGAUGUGCGGAACCACAACUCGCUUGAGACAGGAAUCUGGGUUGCUAUCAAUGGCCAAGUUUACGAUUUGACCGAGUUUAUCAAGAGACAUCCAGGAGGACCUAAGAUCAUCCAAACUUAUGCGGGAAAGAAUGCACUGGCUAUUUUCAACAAGUACCAUGCCCCAGACUUUUUUGAAAAGUACUUAACCAAGGAAGAGUGUUUGGGUCCCCUUAUUGGCGAGAUGGAGGUUGCCGAAGAUAUCACGUCUAUGGAUGAUGACGAGAUAGAGGACAACAGAGAAAACAAACCUCCACUUUCUGAGGUUUUCCGUGUAUCAGAUUUUGAGUACAUUGCCAAAAAGACGUUAUCCCCUACAGCUUGGUGCUACUACUCCAGCGGUGCGGAUGACGAAAUCACUUUAAGAGAGAACCACGUUGCCUUUUCACGUAUCUUCUUCAAGCCUCGCGUGCUCGUGGAAUUGAAAGACGUCGAUAUGUCCACUACAAUGUUAGGUCAGAAAUGUUCGGUACCUCUCUACUGCUCCGCCGCUGCCCAAGCCAAGUUGGGUCAUCCAGAUGGAGAACUCUCCAUUGCACGUGGAUGCGGUAAGGAAGGCGUUAUUCAAAUGAUCUCCAACUCUGCAUCUUACCCUUUGAAAGACAUUGCUGAAGCUGCAAUCAAGGGCCAAACCCAAUGGUUCCAAUUGUACUUGAGCAACGAACUGGCGGCCGUGAAUGCGGUCAAGGCAGUGAAAGAGCUCGGGUUAAAGGCCAUUUUUGUUACCGUAGACACACCGGAGUUGGGCCGCAGAGAAAAAGACAUGAAGCUUAGAGCCCAGAUUGAGGCCCGUGCAGGACCAGUCGAUAAUGAUGACGGUGCCAAAGACCUUGGAACAUCUGUUCCGUAUGGUGCAAACCUUGCAGUAACAUGGAAAGACAUUGACGACAUCAGGGCCAUGAGCAGUGUCCCAGUUGCGGUCAAGGGUGUUCAGAGCGUGGAAGAUAUCAUACUAGCUGCAGAAAAGGGCAUCCCAGCCGUAGUGUUAUCCAACCAUGGUGGUCGGCAACUUGAUUUUUCCAGAGCUCCGAUAGAAGUUUUGGCUGAUGCUAUGCCCGUAUUGAAGGAAAAGGGUUUAGACGAUAAGAUCGAGAUUUAUGUCGAUGGAGGUGUCAGACGUGGAUCUGAUGUGAUCAAGGCACUCUGCUUGGGUGCGAAAGGUGUAGGAUUAGGAAGAAUUUUCUUGUACGCCAAUUCCGCGUACGGGGAAGACGGUGUCCGCAAAGCUAUCCAGCUUUUGAAAGAUGAAAUUAGAAUCGACAUGCGGUUGUUGGGAGUGUCGACAAUCGACGAGCUUGGUCCUCAUCUUUUGGAUUUGCGCAAUUUGUACGCUAGACAAUCGCCACUUGACAGCGUGUACAACUCCAACUAUGAGCCAUUGAGCCCACCAAAAUUUAGAAACGAGUGA